AUGACCGUUAGAACUCUUCAAGACGACGAGUACACGAUUGUUGGUGAUAUCCCAGAUUACGUCGCUACACAUUCCAACACUGGCAAUACAAACAGUUGCCCUGUCCUUAUUGAGGGUGCCGAGUAUUUGAAGUAUAUAUAUCCAAAUGGAUGUAUAAUAGACUCCGAGUCAACAUCACAUCUCUAUACAAUUACAUAUCCAAAAUUAUAUAAACGAUCAUUUUCUAAUACAUUAUGUAGUUCCUUUAGUGUUGCUUAUACAGAGGAAGAAAUAGGAGAAGUGAAUACAUGUGAUACUAAUGGGGUAUAUAUCCAAACAUUUUUUAUUUCUGUUUUGGAUGCCAAAUAUGUCACUAAAAAUUCGGGAUUCAAGAAAGCUGUUUUUAAAAUUUCAAAUUGUUACCGAUACGACGGGUGGUAUAUCAAAUAUGAGAAAUCCGCAAAUGGAGUGAAGAGAUAUAUGUCCCAAAAUUCAUGUAGUAAUUGGGUAGAGGAUACCACUUCACAAGAAAUUUUACAAACAUUAAAAGAAUUGCCGCCCCAUGUAGUAAUCAGACAUGUCUAUGAUGGAGGCUCUGAAUGUGCAAUUUCUGAUAAAGAAGGUGAGGCUUAUAUGGAAUUGUACCCCAAAACUUGUGUAAAAAAUAAAUUUGGAGGUUCAGAUCGCUAUAUGUUAUUAUCUAAUUAUUUAUAUACGUAUGCAUACAAUAAUAUAAAUUGUACUAGUUUAUUGGAUGAUAAUACACGAAUCAAAAUAAGAACGUGUCGAACUGAGGGUCAAAACAAUGUCAUUUACGAUACGACAUUUGACAAGAUUGAAGAGACCAAAUACGUGAAAAAAUACAACACCGAGUACUUUUCAACGAUCUUUGAGUUUGGGAAGUGCUUGUACGAUAAUAACACGUACUAUAAAUUUGAGAAAAAUGGCACUCAAAUUAAUGCGUUUAUUUCCUCAACUUCUUGUGACACUUUGAAAGAUGCAGAUGAAAAUGUAAUGAGUGGUAAAGUGUCUGCUAUAAUAUCUUUGCCGGAGCACGCUGCUAUUAUGUAUAACUACGGCUCUCUUGUCAACUGUUCGAGUGAAAAUAUUACUAUGGCCACUCAGUACGUCUUUGAUAAAUGCUUUGAAGAAGACGGAAAGUACUAUAAAGUCGAAGUUGGUCUUAGUGAAUUGGCAAAACAUGAAUAUAGCAACUCUGCGUGCUAUGGAAAGUCCAAUACUGUGUGGUUUAUGUAUAUGGACAAGUGUACAACUAAUAGUAACAAAGAUAAUGUCAGAAUUACACGACACGAAAUACCAGUAGAGUCUGCUAAGUAUUUAUUAUACACUGAAGAAGGAUAUCCAGGCACUUUUUAUUUGGAAUUUGACCGGUGCACUUUUCUUAAAAAAGAGGGCUUUAACACUUUUAAAUUGACUAAAAAAGACGGGAAUAUUGUUUUCAGGAAAGGAAUGACUUGUUCGCAAAUCGAUACAAAUGGCGUGGAAUGGUACGCACAGCCGUAUUUGAUCGCAGAAAGCAUACCAAGUGACUAUAGUGUCAUCGAACAUUACUAUGGAGAUAUAUACUACUGCACGUUCGCUAGUACCGUACAAGACGCAGAUGAAGCUCGUAGAGUACACUUUAAAGGGUGUGUAAAAACGUCAGAGACCACUUCAGUGUUAACUGUCGUUGAAAAUGGCAAGGUGAAUAUUAAAAAUUACACAAUAAGUUCGGUGUGCAUAGGACCUUUUAUUGAGAAAAAUUUGACGACGGAAAAAUGCGUGUUGGACGAUCAAGAAUAUUAUAAGAUCUUUGAUAUGAACACAAACUCGCUAAAUCAUCCACAAGAUAUUAAUCCAAGUCCGAAGCCAGAUGACAAUAGCACAUCUCAAGUGUUGAUCUUAUUGUUUUGCACUUUAUUUGUGAUGAUGCUUUAA